AUGGCGAACGACGUGAUUGAUCUUAUAUCAUCGAGUCCGCCGAGCCAUUGCAUUCCACCGCCAUCUGCCCAAUUACCCCAACUCGAUGAUGCCACUCAAGAAAAUGGACAGCAACAAAGUAUCAAUGCGACAAAGUCGGAUGCGGUGGCGCGUGUGCCCUUGUCUAGUCAACUCUUUCUGUCCGAUGACUUCGACACAACGAUAGAUGUAGAUGAACCCAUUUUGGUCCAUGAAAAUCCAAACAAGAGGCGGCGUUUGUCGCCUCCUCCAGCACAACCACCUCUUAAGCGAAUAUCUCCGACAUCUGAAUCCCAGUCGAUCUUACCACCAGUGCGCCCGAACCCAAACGGUCGACUUCAAGCGGUUGAAGAUCCUAUUCAGCUUACCAGUUCUCCUGGUUUGAUCUCGCCUGGUCAGAUGAGACCCUCCGCUGCCGUAUCUGCAAAACCUACAAAGCAGAUAAUUGAGGCCGAAGACUCAGACCCAUUUGCAAGUUCACCCGUGGUAGCACGACGCUCGCCACCAAAGCCAGUAUCAAAGGCAAUAUCGAAGACAGUUGCAAGACCCAUCGAGUCGUCCGAUCCUUUCGCCAGCUCUCCCCAGCCAGCACCGACAACAUCAAAAGAACCCGAUAUCAUCAUAACUUCUCCACCUGCACCAACAACCAAACCGCUGCCCAAAAAGAAUGCGACGUGGGAUCCCAUAUCUAGUUCGGCCCCCGAGGCCUUCUCCUUCGAUUCGUCACCGCCAGGAAAGAAACGGGCCGUCAUUAAUAUUGACGAUGAUUCGAACGACGAGAAUGGCUCCGAAGACGAACUGCCGGACAUUGCGGCAUUCGAUGUAACAAAAAUGCGACGUCGAUCGCAGCUCCAGCGCUCACAAAGCGAGGUCUUGUCAUCUAAGUCCCGAGCGAAACCGACAACCUCGAACAAACCAUCAGCAGUCGAUCGGGCAAGAGAAAAGGAAGCAAAGGCAGCAGCUAAAGAAAUUGAGAAGGAAACAAAACGACGUGAGAAACAGGAAGCAAAGGAAGCCAAGAUCCGAGAGAAGCAGCGCAAUGCAGCACUGGCCGAGGUCAACAAGCUGCGAACGGACAAGAAGAUCUCAACACCAGAAAUGAUGGUCGACAUCCCUUCAAGUCUAGACUCUACGGUCACAACUGCGCUCCAGACAAUGCUGGAACCCUUUGAUGUGCAGUACACAACUUGGGACAGCCCGGUUGAGAAUGUCAUCAAGUGGCGUAGAAAGGUCCGCAGUCGAUAUAAUGAUGAUAUUGGCCUCUGGGAGCCAAUACCCCUUCGCCUUGAAGACGAGAAGCACGCACUUGUUGUCAUGCAUACCGAUGAUUUUGUAAAGCUUGCAAUAGACGACAAUGUCUCUUCUCAUGUUGAGCAGGUGCGGAAGGAUUUCGCAGAGCAUCAUAUUCUUUACCUUAUUGAAGGACUCUCACCUUGGAUACGCAAGAACCGAAAUCUUCGCAAUCGACAAUUUGCCUCCAACGUCCGUGCCCAGAAAGCCGCAACUUCUUCAAACCGCCGAAACAAACCUGCUCAAGAAUACAUACCUGAAGAGAAGAUCGAGGAUGCGCUUCUGCAACUGCAGGUCAUGCACGAGGUUCUGAUCCACCACACUAUAACACCUAUGGAGACUGCUGAGCAGAUCCUCACUUUUACCCAGCACAUCUCGACAAUUCCUUACCGAAAGCAACGAGACCAAGCAACGCUCGGAGCAGGAUUCUGCAUGGAAAGCGGGCAGGUCAAGACAGGCGAGGAUACGAAAGACACUUAUGUUCGUAUGCUGCAGGAGAUCGUGAGGGUCACAGCACCAAUUGCACACGGAGUGGCCAAGGAGUUCGACACCGUUAGUAAAUUAGUUCGGGGCUUCGAGACGACUGGACCAAUGCGAUUGGAAGGUGUAAGAAAAUUGGCUAACAAAGACGGUGCCUAUUCGGACCGCACAGUUGGGCCGGCUGUGAGCAGACGCAUGUACAAAGUAUUCACUGGAGUGGACGAGACAAGCACAGAUGUUUAG